GUAUAAAUUAGUUGCUUCGCGCCGAAGCGUGCCAAAGCGUUAUGUCGCCUACAGUUGCUAAGAAACUCAGUGUUUAUCGAUGGCGCCGGAAUCGUGGUUGAACCUCAUUCAAAAUGCCAAGAAGACCGCUAUUAUUCAGGACGGAAAAAGAAAAAUUCAUUUCUUAUUAGAAGAUGGUAGAGAAAUGGUAGAAGAAUACCAUUUGGAAACUAAUGUUUUGGUAAGAAGAGCAUGGAAAGAAAAAGGUAAUCUUGGUCAAAAUGAAGGUUGGAAUGUAGAAAUUGGGGAUCCUGAACCAAAACAAAGUAACAUUGAAGUGUAUGGAAUUCAAGAAAGUUCAAAUGCUCCAUUUAUUACAAGAAGGGUGACAAAAACAGCACUUGAGUGGAGGAUAAGAAAUUUACUGUAUCCUCAGAAUGUGUAUUCAGUUACUGCUGAAGAUGAUGGAACAAUAACUGUUCGUACAAGUAAUAAAAAAUAUUUCAAAAAACUAAAGGUUCCAGAUUUAGAACGUGUUGGGUUAAAACCUGAACAGGAAAGAAUAUCUUUUACCCAUCAGCAUAACACCCUAAUUAUUGUGUAUAAAAAACCACCUGCACUUUUGGAGAUGGAGAAAAAAGUGCUGGAGGAGAUACUACAACUUAAGGCAAGAAAAGAGGGUGAUAUACAAUGUCCAACAAGCUAAUAAAAAUCUUAAUUGUUAAAA